GCCAAAGCGGGCCCGCGGCCCGGCUGCCAAGCGCCCUGGGGGCGGGGGCGGGGGCGCCGCCAAGUCGGGUCCCACUCGUGACAUGGAGCUGCAGCUCAUGGCCUCAGGCUACACCGCAGUGGGUGGUGCUGACGAGGCGGGUCGCGGUCCCCUGGCCGGUCCAGUGGUGGCGGCAGUGGUGGUGCUGCCGCCGCCCUCGGACGCCUCCUGGCGCCCCCCGCCCGGCCUGAACGACAGCAAGGCCAUCAGCGAGGAGGAGCGUGAGGCAAUCUACGAGAGCCUCACGACCGACCCACGGGUCAAGUGGGCCGUGUCGGUGAUCGACCACCAGGAGAUCGACCGCAUCAACAUCCUGCAGGCCGCACUGGGCGCCAUGCGGAGGUCCGCCGUACAGCUGCUGCAACAGCAC